AUGACGUCAUAUUGGUUGGUAACUACUGCUGCUGAUGAUGAUGCAUCUACUCCCUUUAUUUUUUCCAGAUUUGGUUUUGCAGCCGAGGCAUAUCCAAGAAAAAUCAUACCCACAGAAGUGAUACUCUCGUCGAAUGGUGAAACGAAACAUUUAUUCGAUUACAAUGACAAAUUGGAGUUCUAUGAUCAAAUGGUGGAUUUUUUGCAGACGAUAUUUUUCAAAUAUUUAUUGGUAAGUCCCAAGGAGAGGAAAAUUGUGGUGGUGGAAAAUGUCUUCGGCCAGACCAUUAUACGUGAAACCUUGGCCAAGGCCUUGUUUCGCCAUUUCGAGGUCUCAUCGGUACUCUAUGUACCCUCACACAUGAUUGCCCUUUCCACAUUGGCUGUGCCACAUGGCGUCGUUGUCGAUAUAGGAUAUAGUGAAACAACUGUUAUGCCCGUUUUCAGUGGUGUCCAGGUAAUGCAAGCAUUCCAAGAUCAACGAUAUGGUGGACGUGCUGUACAUGAAGAAAUCAAACGUAUGCUAGUGGCCGAGGGAGUACGUGAAGAGUUACUUAAUGAAACCGUUUUGGAAGAUAUUAAAGUACGCACAUGUUUUGUAACAAAAUUGGAACGGGCCCAAGCUUAUUUGAAAAAUGAACCACCACAAGCACCACCAAG